AGCGGCGGCGGCCGGCCGAGACCCAGCCCGGGCCCCCCCUCCCUGCAAUCGCCCGCCCCUCCCUGCGCCCGCCCCCUCCUCCGCCCGCCUUCUCGCCGGCGGCCCCGCCCCUCCCCCAACCGCCCGACUAGCAUGGUCCGGCGGCCGCGCGCGCAGACAUGGGGGAGAAGCUGGAGCUGAGGCUCAAGUCGCCCGUGGGGGCCGAGCCCGCCGUCUACCCGUGGCCGCUGCCGGUCUACGACAAACACCACGAUGCUGCUCACGAAAUCAUCGAGACCAUCCGGUGGGUCUGUGAGGAGAUCCCAGAUCUCAAGCUGGCCAUGGAGAAUUACGUCUUGAUUGACUAUGAUACCAAAAGCUUCGAGAGCAUGCAGAGGCUGUGUGACAAGUACAACCGGGCCAUCGACAGCAUCCACCAGCUGUGGAAAGGGACUACCCAGCCCAUGAAGCUGAACACGCGGCCAUCCAACGGGCUCCUGCGGCACAUCCUGCAGCAGGUCUAUAACCACUCAGUGACCGACCCUGAGAAGCUCAACAACUACGAACCCUUCUCCCCCGAGGUGUAUGGGGAGACCUCCUUCGACCUAGUGGCCCAGAUGAUCGACGAGAUCAAGAUGACGGAGGAUGACCUGUUCGUGGACCUGGGCAGUGGUGUAGGCCAGGUGGUCCUCCAGGUCGCUGCUGCCACCAACUGCAAGCACCACUACGGAGUCGAGAAAGCGGACAUCCCAGCCAAGUACGCCGAGACCAUGGACCGAGAGUUCAGGAAGUGGAUGAAAUGGUAUGGAAAAAAGCAUGCAGAAUACACACUGGAGCGGGGUGAUUUCCUGUCGGAGGAGUGGAGAGAACGGAUCGCCAACACGAGUGUUAUAUUUGUGAAUAACUUUGCCUUUGGUCCUGAGGUGGAUCACCAGCUGAAGGAGCGCUUUGCGAAUAUGAAGGAAGGUGGGAGAAUUGUGUCCUCAAAGCCCUUUGCGCCUCUGAACUUCAGGAUAAACAGCAGAAACCUGAGCGACAUCGGCACCAUCAUGCGCGUGGUGGAGCUGUCCCCCCUGAAGGGCUCCGUGUCGUGGACGGGGAAGCCAGUCUCCUAUUACCUGCACACUAUUGAUCGAACCAUACUUGAAAAUUAUUUUUCUAGUCUGAAAAACCCAAAACUCAGGGAAGAACAAGAAGCUGCUCGGCGCCGACAGCAGCGAGAGAACAAGAGUAAUGCGACCACCCCGACCAAGGUCCCCGAGAGCAAGGCAGCCGUCCCCGCCGAGGCCCCCAUGGAUUCUGGUGCUGAGGAAGAGAAGACAGGGGUGACCACAGUCAAAAAGCCUUCGCCCUCCAAGGCCCGGAAGAAGAAGCUGAACAAGAAGGGCCGGAAGAUGGCUGGACGGAAGCGUGGGCGCCCCAAGAAGAUGAACGCUGCGAACCCUGAGCGUAAGCCCAAGAAGAAUCAAACUGCACUGGAUCUCCUCCACUCCCAGACCGUGUCCCAGACUGCGUCCUCCUCGCCCCAGGAUGCAUACCGGUCCCCUCACAGCCCGUUCUACCAGCUACCUCCAAGUGUGCCCCGGCACGGCCCCAACCCGCUGCUGGUGGCGCCCACCCCGCCCGCACUGCAGAAGCUGCUCGAGUCCUUUAAGAUCCAGUACCUACAGUUCCUGGCAUACACGAAGACACCACAGUACAAGGCCAACCUGCAGCAGCUGCUGGACCAGGAGAAGGAGCGGAAUGCACAGUUGUUGGGCACGGUGCAGCAGCUCUUUGGACACUGCCAGACCCAGAAGGAGGAGAUCCGCAGGCUGUUCCAGCAGAAACUGGACGAGCUGGGUGUGAAGGCGCUUACCUACAACGACCUGAUCCAAGCCCAGAAGGAGAUCUCGGCCCACAACCAGCAGCUGCGAGAGCAGUCGGAGCAGCUGGAGAAGGACAACCGAGCACUGCGCGGCCAGAGCCUGCAGCUGCUCCGGGCGCGCUGCGAGGAGCUUAAGCUGGACUGGUCCACGCUGUCCCUGGAGAAGCUGCGCAAGGAGAAGCAGGCCCUGCGCAGCCAGAUCUCCGAGAAGCAGCGGCACUGCCUGGAGCUGCAGAUCAGCAUCGUGGAGCUGGAGAAGAGCCAGCGGCAGCAGGAGCUCCUGCAGCUCAAGUCCUGCGUGCCUCCUGAUGACACCCUGCCAGUGCCCCUGCGCGGGAAGAGCACCCUGGGCAGGGAGCUGGACACUGAGGCUGCUGGCCGGCUGCACCUGGAGCUGGACUGCGCCAAGUUCUCCCUGCCCCCCUUCAGCAGUGCGAGCCCUGAGCUCUCCAUGAACGGCCACGCCGCUGGCUAUGAGCUCUGUAGUGUGCUGAGCCGGCCCUCAUCCAAGCAGAACACCCCGCAGUACCUGGCCUCCCCCUUGGAGCAGGAGGUCGUGCCCUGCACCCCCAGCCACACCGGCCGGCCCCGGCUGGAGCAGCUGUCGGGGCUGGCGCUGCCCGACUACACCCGGCUCUCCCCGGCCAAAGUUGUGCUGCGCCGGCACCUGAGUCAGGACCACGGGGGCUCUGCCAAGGUGGCGACCAAUGAGCCACACCCUAGAGCCGAGCACCCCAAGGAGAGCAGCCUCCCCUACCAGAGCCCUGGGCUGCCCCCUAGCAUGAAGCUGAGCCCUCAGGACCCAAGGCCCCCUUCGCCAGGGGCAGCCCCCCAAGCUGGGGAGAAGGGCAGUGAGAAGGGCGGGAAGGAGCGCAUGUAUGGCAGCCACGGGGAGACCAUCACCAGCCUGCCCAUCAGCAUCCCCCUGAGCACCGUGCAGCCCAACAAGCUCCCCGUCAGCAUCCCCCUGGCCAGCGUGGUGCUGCCCAGCCGCGCCGAGAGGGUGAGGAGCACCCCCAGCCCCGGGCCGCAGCCCCGGGACGCCGCGUCUGCGCUUGACAAACAGAUCGGUGCUAAUGCCCACAGUGCCGGGAGCAACGCCUCAGGGAGCCGGAGCCUGGCCCUGGCAUCUGCAGGUUUCUCCUAUGCGGGCUCCGUGGCCAUCAGUGGGGCCCUGGCUGGCAGCCCGGCACCACCCGCACCCGGCGUGGAGCCAGCCACCUUUGAUGAGCCGUCGGGGAGCCUGUUCGCUACCGUGGGGUCCCGGAGCGCCACGCCACAGCAUCCACCUCUGCUGGCACAGCCUCGGAACUCAGGACCUGCGUCCCCUGCCCACCAGCUCUCCGCCAGUCCCCGGCUCAUUGGGGCCACCCAGGGUUUGCUUCCUGACAUGGGCAAGGGCGACCUUCCCACUGACCUGGGCUUCUCAGACCCCGAGAGUGACGCCAAGAGAAGAAUCGUGUUCACCAUCUCGGCUGGUGCGGGCAGCGCCAAGCAGUCCCCCUCCACCAAACACAGCCCCCUGGCCCGCGGAGAGUGCGGGUCUGGCCACGGGCAGGACAGCCGAAAGCGUGGCCGGAGGAAGCGCAUGUCAGCCGGAACCCCCAGUCUGAGUGCAGGCGUAUCCCCCAAGCGGCGCGCCCUGCCCAAUGUUGCCGGGCUCUUCACGCAGUCCUCAGGGUCCCCUCUCAACCUCAGCUCCAUGGUCAGCAACAUCAACCAGCCACUGGAGAUCACUGCUAUCUCCUCCCCCGAGACCUCCCUGAAGAGCUCACCUGUGCCCUACCAGGACCAUGACCAGCCGCCCGUGCUCAAAAAGGAGCGGCCGCUGGGCCAGACCAACGGGGCGCACUACUCCCCGCUGACCUCGGACGAGGAGCCCGGCUCUGAGGAUGAGCCCAGCAGUGCCCGCAUUGAGAGGAAGAUAGCAACCAUUUCCCUGGAGAGCAGGUCUCCCCCCAAGGCCUUGGAGAACGGUGGCGGCGCUGCGGGCAGGAAGCUGGCGCCCGCGAGCGAGCCGGUCAACAGCAGCAAGUGGAAGGCCACCUUCUCGCCCAUCUCGGACGUGGCGCUGACCAAGCCCGCCGACAGCCCCCUGCAGGCCGGUGCCGCGCUGGCACCCGGCUCCCUGUUCGCCUUCCGGCCGGCCCCUGACGAGCCCACCGCGGCCGACACCAAGCUGGCCGCGCACCCCAGGAAGGGCUUCGCUGGCGCCGAUGGGCCCGGGCCCGGAACCCCCAACGGCCUGGCCUUCGGCGGGGGUCUGGCCGCAGACCUCGGGCUACACGGCUUUGGUGACGGCGCCACGCUGGCCCACAAGGGCGCCGAGGUGGCCAGCUUACCCACGCAGCGUGCCAAGGACGGCGCCCCCGAGCCGCACCCGCUGCUGGGCAAGCGGCCGGCGGACGGCGCGGGCGGCCCGAAGGGCGAAGGCGGCCCGGGCAAGGAGCAGGGCGAGGCGGGCGCGCCUGCGGACAAGGCCGCACCGCCGCCGGGCAGCAGGGCCGCCAAGGCCCGGGACCGCGAGCUGGACCUCAAGAGCGGCCACAACCUCUUCAUCUCGGCGGCCGCCGUGCCCCCCGCCGGCCUGCUGGGCGGCCCCGCGGCGGCGUCCUCGGCGAGCGGCACGGCCCCCGCGGCCCAGGCCCACCGGCCCUUCCUGGGCGCCUUCGCGCCCGGCCCGCCCUUCUCGCUGGGCCCCGUGGCGCUGCAGGCCAGCCUGGGCGCCGUGGCCGGGCCUUCCGUGCUGCAGUCCCUGUUCGGCUCGGUGCCGGCCGCCGCCGGCCUGGUGCACGUGUCGUCCGCUGCGACCCGCCUGAGCAACUCGCACGCCAUGGGCAGCUUCCCCCCCGGGGUGGCUGGCGGCACCGUCGGAGGUGUCGCUAGCCUCGCGGUGCCUCCCGCCUCUGCUCGCCCGUUCGGAGCCACUGUCGGCGGCCCGGGCCCCCUGCAGGCGGCGGCCAGCACCUCGGCCUCUUCCUUUCAGGCCCCGGCUGCGGCCGAGAUGCGGCCGCCCGCUCCGCCCGCCUGCCCGCCUCGCCCCCGCCCGCUCCCUAACCCGCACCCUACCCCUACCCCUACCCCUAACCCUCCGCCCGCCGCGCUGCUGCCCGCUAACCCCGAGCCCGCGCUUCUGCAGAGCCUGGCCGCCCUCCCGCCUAACAAAGCUUUCUUACCGCUGUCCGCCUCCGCCUCCGCCUCCCUGCAGCCCGCUAACGCCUCUCUGUCCGUCCAGCUCGCCUCCCUCCCGCACAAGGCCGCCCGCCCCGCCUUCGCGGUGCCCCCGCAGCCUCUGGCCCGCCUGGCCGUCCCGCAGGCCGGCGCCGCGGGCCCGUCCGCCGUGUGGGUUUCCCUUGGCAUGCCGCCUCCUUACGCUGCGCACCUUGCGGGGGUUAAGCCCCGGUAACGAGCUUGCUUAGCUAGCCGUUCGUGUGCUGUAAGGUAAGGCCAGAGCCCGCCCGGCGGGCGCCCCGCACCCAACACCCGCCCUCGCACCGCAGGCCCUCGGGGUGGGGCUGGUGACCCGACCCGACCGCUGGCCCGGGCCGCCCUCCCGCACUGCAGGACAGCCCGGGUGGGCAGCGCAGCAGGUGCCGGGCGAGGCUCAGGCGGGAGGCGCCCUGCGGCCCCCGGGGGAGUGGGGACAGUCCCCGCCGGUGCACAGCAGGCCCUGGAGCCGGGUGGUCGCACACCCCCCGGCUGGGCUCUAUGCCCUGGCCGGCUCCAGCCAGCGGGGAGCGCAUUGGGAAGGGCUCGGAGGUGGCCCUCGAAGACCACUGCCCUCCAGAGAGGGUGGGACCUGGUGUGGCCAGGCUGGUGACGCACGCCUGUCGUCCCUGCCUGCUGAGGCCGAGGCAGGAUUGUCCGUUCAGCCCAGCCUAGGCAGCUUAGCAAGACCUGCGCAGGGCGCGCGGUGGCUCGGGCUGCAUCUGGCACCCCAGGCAUUGCACACCCGUCACGGCAGCCACUCGAGCAGGCUGGUGCUGCUGUGGCAAGGCUGUGGCGUGGGGCAGCGGUCAGGUGUCCACACGUGGGCGCAGGAGCACAUGGUGGCGUGCUGACGCCCCUGGAGAGGGUGUCGGUGCUGGGCUGGGGCACAUGCCAACUGUCUUGAGGCGCUAGAGUUGGACUGGGGACCGCGACACUCACGGGUGCCCUGCGCCCGGCCACGGAGGCAGGUGGUCCUGUGCAGGGCGCUCCGGAGAACUUGCCCGGCCCCCCGGGCUGCGCUGGGCUCACCGCUAACCCCCGCUAACCGCUGCCCCCGCUGUCCCACAGGUAACUAGGACUUCUACCUCACGCGCGACUAUGCAAGGCGGUGGGACCAAGCGCCUGCUGCUCAGGGCUGGCGCUGCCAGGCUCCCACCGACGGAAGGAUGGAUGGCUGGACGGACGGCGGGACGGCGGACAGCGCCCCACUGUGAAUCGGCGCGGCACACCACCGCAGGAGGUGCUGGACUGCUCCAGUCUGUACUGUCCAUAGUUUUAGAUAAAAUAUUUAUCGUUUUUUAAAGAGUACACACAAUUCUGACUUACUUUAUUCCACCGAGUUGUCAGGGCAGCCCGCUGGGAUGUAAAUGUCUGAGAACUUCAUUGCAGAGGAGGACUCGGCCGUGGGGCGGGCGGCCACAGCCCUGCGACCCGGUGCUACCGCCGCCAGGCCUCUUGGUGCUGCCGGACGCCGCCCCGCCGAAGCCCGGAGCCCGGAGCCCGAGCCCCGUGCGGGUGCUGAGAGUCCCCGGGGCGCCGCCUCCCCGACUGUGAAGCCGGCGCAGCGCUCCUGCCGCUCCUGGUGGUGCUGGCAUGUGACAAGUGCAGUUACUUUGUACCCGCGGUGUGGCGUCUGUGUAUAGGAGAGAGGCGCACGAAGGUGCGAUGGUAUUUUAUAGAGAUGUGAUGAGAAUUUAUAAAUUUCAUAGACUUGACCGCAUUUAUUUUUAGACUGUACAAUGCACAGGGAGUUUAAAGAGAAAAGCAAGGGGAAGAGAAACCUUAUUUAUUCAAAUGCACAAAGCGCACUGGCCCCGGCUGCCCCACCCGUCUGCCCCCUCGCCCUGCAGGAGUGCGAGCCCCACACUGCGGCCAGGGUCCUGCUGCCACUGUCCUUGCAGGUCCCCUCGCCUGCCGUGCGGCCAGGCCCGGGCUUCUCCAUCUGGGAGGUCCGAGUGUUGGGUUUCCCACUCACCCUGUCAGUCUGGCUCGGACCCCUGCUUCUCCCCACCUAGCAGUGAGUUCUAAAGAUGGUGCUGGGGACCCCUCCCCCAAGUUGGUGCUCUCAGCCUGGCCUCUAGGUGCUGUGCCUCAUUCCCACGGACCCCGCCCCGGCACCCUGCUUGGCAUGCGGGGGCCAAGGGUCACCUCUCACCACCCAGCCCCUAGAUGACAGUAGCAAAGUCAGCAGGCAGCAAGCCCUGUCUCGGUCACGUCCUCCAAACUAACACUGUAUGCUCCGGCAGCGCCGGGCCCCAGGCUCCACGCAUAUACUUGAGUGUUGGCAGAUGCCGCCCCGCUAGGGGCCGCGCCCACGUCCCCUCCUGAGCCCACGGGACGCGUGCACCCCCCAGUAAGCUAACGUCGUGCGGCGCUGCCCCGCGUGUGCACCCACCCGCGCCCCCACCCAACUGAGCUGCGUCCCCGUCCCCGGGCAGCAGGGCAGCGCAGUGGCACAAGCCGCCCUGGAAUCUGGUGCUGCCAGCGGCUCCCAUCUUGGGCUGCCCUGGCCCUGGGACAACCCUGGGAGGGUGCCAUGUGGCGCUGCCUCAGGAAUUGGUCAGGAACCCUAAGGACCGGACAACCCACCCUUUUGUGACCUUGCUGACCCACCAGUUGCCAGGAACCAGGCUCCCCAUCCUAUGUGAGCCCCACAAAUGGCAACUUAUUUAAGACUUACCUUCUCAAGUAUUUAUCGUCCCACGAGCACGCCCUCCCCGGCUCCCCACACAGCUUGCCUCCCACCCCCACUGGCUCGGCUGCGUCUGUAACCAACGCUGUACCUCUGCCCCGCUGUCCACUGCACUGUGUCCCCCAGGCGCUGUAAUAAAAGCAGUUUUCACUUGGA